AAUCGUCACCGCGCAGCGCAGCGCAGCUCAGCUCAGCUCAUGGGGGCUUACAAGUACGUGUCGGAGCUAUGGAGGAAGAAGCAGUCCGAUGUGAUGAGGUUCUUGCAGAGGGUGAGGUGCUGGGAAUACCGACAGCACCCAUCUAUUGUUCGUGUCACGAGGCCUACUCGUCCUGAUAAGGCUCGCCGCCUGGGUUACAAGGCCAAGCAGGGCUAUGUGAUUUAUCGUGUCCGUGUUAGGCGUGGUGGCAGAAAGAGGCCAGUUCCCAAGGGUAUUGUUUAUGGUAAGCCGACGAACCAGGGUGUCACCCAACUGAAGUUCCAGCGAAGCAAGAGGUCUGUUGCUGAAGAGCGUGCUGGGAGAAAAUUGGGAGGUCUCAGGGUUCUCAAUUCAUACUGGAUCAAUGAGGAUUCCACUUACAAGUACUAUGAGAUAAUCCUGGUUGAUGUGGCACAUAAUGCUAUUCGCAAUGACCCAAGGAUUAAUUGGAUCUGCAAUCCUGUCCACAAGCAUAGGGAGCUUCGUGGCCUUACUUCUGCAGGAAAGAAAAACAGGGGUCUGCAUGGAAAGGGUCACCCGCACCACAAGAAUCGGCCUUCUCGCAGGGCGACCUGGAAGAGAAACAACACUCUCUCCCUUCGUCGCUACCGUUGAAUUUAGUGGAGUUGAAGUUCUUGGUCUUGGCAUUUUUCAGAUUUUGUUUGGAGAACAUAGCUGUCACUUUGAAUUAUUAAAGAUCAAAGUUUUUGGAUGCUUUCUUUAUCUAGUUUCAAAACUAUUGUUCUGUACCUUCAUCAUUUAAUAUAUUUUGCUUAUGAGA